GAAACGGCUCCUGCAGGAGGAGGAGGCGCGGUCGGACGGACGGCCCGGGCAAGGCGCAACUUCCCAGCCGGCAGCAGCGCCGUCUCGGCUGCCGGGAAGUGAAGCGGGGGCCCCCCAAGCGAGAGCCCGCCGGGGCUGCGACCCGCUGAGCAUGGCGGAGGAGCCCGGAGGAGCCGCGGAGGCCGGAGGAGGCUGAGCCGGAGGAGCCGCCCAGACGGGGCGAGAGCAGCGCCCGGCCGGCCAGCCCCGGCGGCACCAUGGCCCGCUGGAUCCCCACCAAGCGCGAGAAGUACGGCGUCGCCAUCUAUAAUUACGAUGCUGUUCAGGAUGUGGAGCUCUCCUUGCAGGUUGGUGACACGGUUCACAUUCUGGAGAUGUACGAAGACUGGUACAGGGGAUACACACUCCGAAACAAAUCCAAAAAGGGUAUCUUCCCAUCAACAUACAUUCAUCUGAAAGAGGCAACUGUGCAAGAUGGCGGACAACAUGAGACAGUAAUCCCUAGUGAGCUGCCCUUGGCCCAGGAACUUACCUCCACGCUGCGGGAGUGGGCAGUCAUCUGGCACCGGCUGUAUGUGGAGAACAAUAAGACCUUGUUCCGCCAUGUGCAACAGAUGACCUAUAGCCUCAUUGAAUGGAGGUCCCAGAUACUCUCAGGCACACUCCCCAAAGAUGAACUGGCUGACCUCAAGAAGAAAGUCACGUCGAAAAUAGACUAUGGGAAUCGGAUUUUGGGGCUGGAUUUGGUGGUCCGUGAUGACAAUGGCAACAUCCUGGAUCCAGAUUCUACCAGCACGAUUGCGCUCUUUAAGGCUCACGAGACCGCAUCCAGAAGAGUGGAUGAAAGGAUCCAAGAGGAAAAGUCACUUCAGCAGAGUUUGGACCUGCGGGGCCAGUCUAUCUUCAACACAACCCACACAUACACCCUGUACAUUAACUUCAAGAACUUUGUCUGUAACAUCGGUGAGGAUGCAGAGCUGCUCAUGAGUCUCUACGAUCCUGAUCAAUCCAAGUUCAUUAGUGAGAACUACUUGGUUCGUUGGGGAAGUUGCGGGAUGCCAAAGGAAAUUGAAAAGCUUAAUAACCUCCAGGCUGUCUUUACGGACCUCAGCAGUUCUGACUUGAUCCGGCCUAGGAUCAGCCUGGUGUGCCAGAUUGUGAGAGUUGGCCACAUGGAGCUGAAAGAAGGCAAGAAGCACACCGGUGGGCUCCGGAGACCCUUUGGAGUGGCCGUGAUGGAUAUCACGGACAUCAUCCAUGGAAAGGUGGACGAUGAAGAGAAGCAACAUUUUAUUCCCUUCCAGCAGAUCGCGAUGGAGACAUACAUCAGGCAACGGCAGUUAAUCAUGGCCCCUUUAAUAACCUCUCAUGUGAUUGGAGAGAAUGAACCUUUGACUUCUGUCUUCAACAAAGUCAUUGCUGCCAAGGAAGUGAAUCACAAAGGGCAAGGGCUCUGGGUCGCUCUGAAACUGCUGCCCGGUGAUCUUAGUCAGGUUCAGAAGGACUUCUCCCAUCUGGUUGACAGAUCUACAGCUGUGGCCCGCAAGAUGGGAUUCCCCGAGAUUAUCCUACCUGGCGAUGUUCGGAAUGACAUCUAUGUCACCCUGAUGCAUGGAGAGUUUGACAAAGGGAAGAAGAAGACUCCCAAGAAUGUAGAAGUCACCAUGUCUGUCCACGAUGAAGAGGGCAAUCUUUUAGAGAAAGCUGUCCACCCAGGUGCUGGUUAUGAAGGCAUCUCUGAAUACAAGUCUGUUGUUUAUUAUCAAGUCAAGCAGCCUUGCUGGUAUGAAACUGUAAAGGUUUCCAUAGCAAUAGAAGAGGUCAGCCGUUGUCAUUUGAGGUUUACCUUCCGUCAUCGAUCGUCACAGGAAUCUCGCGAUAAAUCUGAGAAGGCUUUUGGAGUAGCCUUCGUGAAACUGAUGAAUGCAGAUGGUACCACCUUGCAAGAUGGCAGACAUAACUUGAUAGUCUACAAGGGUGAGAACAAGAAAAUGGAAGAUGCUAAGUUUUACUUGACGCUUCCUGGCACCAAAGUGGAAAUGGAGGACAGGGACGGCCUUCUGUCCAAGCACCUACAUUAUGGGGCCAACUUUACCCCAACCAAAGACAGCUUUCAGAUUGCAAUGCUCAUCUGCUCUACUAAACUGACACAGAAUGUUGACCUGCUGGGGCUGCUGAACUGGCGUUCCAAUGCCCAGAACAUAGAGCACAAUCUGAAGAAGCUAAUGGAGGUAGAAGGAGGAGAAAUUGUGAAGUUCUUGCAAGAUACACUCGAUGCACUCUUUAACAUAAUGAUGGAGAUGUCUGACAAUGAAUCCUAUGACUUCCUUGUGUUUGAUGCCCUGGUAUUUAUUAUUUCCCUGAUUGGAGACAUCAAGUUCCAGCAUUUUAACCCUGUCCUUGAAACCUACAUUUACAAGCACUUCAGUGCCACCCUAGCUUACGUAAAACUUUCCAAGGUUCUGAACUACUACGUAGGAAACGCAGAUGACUCCAGCAAGACAGAAUUGCUUUUUGCUGCUCUCAAAGCCUUGAAGUACCUGUUCCGGUUCAUCAUUCAGUCAAGGGUGUUGUACCUACGGUUUUACGGGAAAAGUGAAGAUGGGGAUGAGUUCAACAAUGCAAUCCGGAAGCUGUUCCUCUCAUUUAACAUCCUUAUGGACCGGCCUCUUGAGGAAGCUGUCAAGAUCAAGGGUGCUGCUUUAAAGUAUUUGCCAAGCAUCAUCAAUGAUGUCAAACUGGUAUUUGAUCCAGUUGAGCUCAGCAUCCUCUUCAGCAAAUUCAUUCAAAGCAUCCCUGAUAACCAGCUGGUUCACCAGAAGCUCAACUGCAUGACCAAGGUUGUGGACAGUGAUCUGUUCCGCCAAGCUGAGUGCCGAGAUGUUCUCCUGCCUCUGCUGGUCGACCAGUUAAGUGGGCAGCUGGAUGAUAAUUCCACCAAACCGGAUCAUGAAGCCUGUUCGCAGCUCCUUAACAAUAUUCUGGAGGUCUUGGAUCGGAAGGAGGUGGGCCCCACCGCUGCCCACAUCCAGCUGAUUAUGGAGCGUCUGCUGAGGAGGAUAAACCGGACCGUGAUUGGCAUGAGUCGAGAGUCUCCUCACAUUGGCAGUUUUGUAGCCUGCAUGACGGCCAUUCUGAGGCAAAUGGAGGAUUCCCAUUAUAACCACUACAUCAGCACUUUCAAAACCAGACAAGACCUGAUUGAUUUCCUGAUGGAAACCUUCAUCAUGUUUAAAGAUCUGAUUGGAAAGAACGUCUAUGCAAGUGACUGGAUGGUCAUGAACAUGAUGCAGAGCAAGACUUUCCUUCGCGCCAUAAACCAAUAUGCCUCUAUGCUCAACCGCUUCUUUUUGGACCAGGCAAGCUUUGAACUGCAGCUGUGGAAUAAUUACUUUCACCUGGCUGUAGCCUUUCUUACUCAUGAAUCCCUUCAACUGGAGAACUUCUCCCAAGCGAAACGGAGCAAGAUUGUCAAGAAGUAUGGGGAUAUGAGGAAGGAUAUUGGCUUCAAAAUAAGAGAUAUGUGGUAUAACCUAGGACCGCACAAGAUUAAGUUCAUCCCUUCUAUGGUUGGCCCUAUCCUGGAGGUGACCUUGACUCCUGAGCCUGAACUGAGGAAGUCAACCAUCCCGAUUUUCUUUGACAUGAUGCAGUGCGAGUACAACUUCAGUGGGAGCAGGGGCUUCUAUAUGUUUGAAAAUGAGUUGAUCACCAAACUGGAUCAGGAAGUUGAAGGGGGUCGAGGGGAUGAACCGUACAAGGUUUUGCUGGAGAAACUCCUGUUGGAGCAUUGUCGGAAGCACAAAUACCUCUCCAGCUCAGGCGAAGUGUUUGCUCUCCUGGUCAGCAGCCUGUUAGAAAACCUCUUGGAUUAUCGGACUAUCUUGCACGAUGGGAGCAAAGAAAACCGCAUGAGCUGUACUGUCAACUUACUGAAUUUCUAUAAAGAAAAGAAGAGAGAGGAUAUAUACAUCAGGUACUUGUAUAAACUCCGGGACCUGCACACAGGUUCAGAAAACUUUACUGAAGCAGCAUACACACUUCUUCUCCAUGCUGAGCUACUCCAGUGGUCUGAUAAGCCAUGUGCUCCAAAUCUCCUGCAGAGGGACAGCUACUAUGUCUAUUCACAACAGGAGCUCAAGGAAAAACUCUACCAAGAAAUCAUUGCUUUCUUCGACAAAGGGAAAAUGUGGGAGAAGGCAAUCCUGCUAAGCAAGGAACUGGCUGACAUGUAUGAGAACAAAGUUUUCGAUUAUGAAGGCCUUGGCAAUCUUUUGAAAAAACGAUCUACGUUCUAUGAGAAUAUCAUGAAGGCGAUGAGGCCACAACCAGAAUAUUUUGCUGUUGGUUACUUUGGCCAUGGUUUCCCCUCCUUUCUCCGGAACAAGAUCUUCAUCUAUCGCGGCAAGGAGUACGAAAGGAGGGAAGACUUCAACCUGAAAUUGCUAACCCAGUUUCCAAAUGCCGAGAAGCUGAGCAGCACCACUCCCCCAGGAGAGGAGAUCAAAGCUUCUCUGAAGCAGUAUGUACAAUGCUUUAUCGUGAAACCCGUCAUGAACCUCCCACCAAACUUUAAAGACAAACCAGUUCCGGAGCAGAUUCUAAACUUCUACAGAUCCAACGAAGUCCAACAAUUCCAGUAUUCCCGGCCUUUCCGGAAAGGAGAAAAGGACCCCGACAAUGAAUUUGCAACGAUGUGGAUCGAGAGAACCACUUACACCACUGCCUAUUCCUUCCCCGGAAUCCUCAAAUGGUUCGAAGUCAAACAGGUUACAACGGAGGAAAUUAGUCCCUUGCAGAAUGCCAUCGAGACCAUGGAGCUGACCAACGAGAAGAUCAGCAACAGCGUUCAGCAGCACGCCUGGGACCGGACCCUGCCUGUGCACCCCCUCUCCAUGCUGUUGAACGGCAUUGUGGACCCAGCCGUCAUGGGCGGAUACACCAACUACGAGAAGGCCUUUUUCACAGAGAAAUAUAUUCAAGAGCAUCCAGAAGAUCAAGACAAGAUUGACCUGCUCAAGCAACUGAUCGCUCUACAGAUGCCGCUGUUGGCUGAAGGGAUUCGGAUCCAUGGGGAGAAGUUAACGGAGCAGCUGAAGCCCCUUCACGACAGGCUGACCUCUUGCUUCAGAGAGCUGCGGGAGAAAGUGGAGAAGCUGUAUGGUGUGAUAACGCUGCCGUCCUCACUGACAGAGAGAAAGCAAAGCAGGUCGGGAUCUGUGGUGUUGCCCUACAUCAUGUCCUCCACCUUGAGAAGGCUCUCGGUGACCUCGGUGACAUCUUCCGUGGGAUCUACCUCCUCUACCUCGUCAGACAGUACCUCCUCCAGGCCAGGAUCAGACGGAUCCAUCCUUGAGCCGCUGGUGGAAAGGAGGAGUUCGGCGUCCGCCAGGAUGGAAGAGCUCUCUGCUGUGGGCGAUGGUGAGAACCGGAUUAAUAAAUUCAAGCGGAAGGAUUGGAAUGUCAGCAAAUCCCAGGUUAUUGCGGAGAAAGAGCCAGAGAAUGAACUGACGUCCAAAAUGAAUAUGUCGGGGAAAGUGCCAAGACCAAAGAGUCUUCAGCUGGGAGAAACCAGACUGUCACUGCUUCAGGGUUCAUCCCUCCAACAAGCCGCACCUCUCAACCCACCGCCAAUCACGCCCAAAACGCCAAGAACCCAAAGUUUUCCUUCCUUGCAAGCCGACCGCAUAGCAGCCCUUAACGUGCAUAGCACUCCGCCCCCACCUCCACCCAAAUGCAAACCCUACGAGAACAGCAGCAGCGCGAGGAACUCUGCUGAGGUUGCUCCACUGUUGUCCAGCAAGCGAGAAGACGGGCCACCCCCUCCUCCUCCUCCAAAAGCCAGGAAAUCCAGCAUCCUUUCUUCUGACCAGGGACCGCAGUGAGAACGCCACACCUCGGACACAUUCUCCACUGUCCCAUCUGCCUACUUGUUUUUAUGCAUUUCCCAGGGAUCUCCUCCAGCUGGAAAGAAAUGACUCCACCCUGCCGUUCCCUUCCUCUGCACAAUUUCCCUUUGGGCCGUGCCAAAGCAAGCCAUUUAAACUGUGGCGAGCCUUCCCUAUUUUCGUUUCCAAACUUCUGGUUUUCCUGGUUGAGUAUUAACACUUCACAUCAGAGCUUCCAACUGGCACUGGAUACCAAAAGUCCGGUCAUCUGACCCCUGGGACUACUGCCAUCGAUCAAGCAGCAUUGAUGCUCAAAUUCUCUUCAAUAGAUGCCUGGUCUACUGACAUGUGAGACUGAUCUUGGUCAUUAAGCAGUGGCGAAUUCACCCCCUGUGAAGGACAGCUGUCGAUCCCUUCACUGCUGCAGUGGAUUAACCUGAGGAGUUCAUGAUACCAAAAGCCUGGUGAAAAGAAAACCUAGAAGAAACCUGUGAUGGGCUUUUAAUCCGAGGUUUGAUCCUCCCUUCUGUCUGGAAUUCCGGUUCUAAGAACAUAAGAACAGCCUUACUGGAUCAGGCCCAAGGCCUAUCUAGUCCAGCAUCCUGUUUCACACAGUGGCCCACCAGAUGCCUCAGGGAAGCCCACAGGCAAGAGCUGAGGGCAUGCCCUCUCUCUUGCUGUUGGUAUUUGGCGGCAUCUUGCCUCAGAGGCUGGAGGUAGCCUAUAGACACCAGAUUAAUAACCAUUGAUAUACCUGUCAUCCAUGAAUUUGUCUAAGCCCCUUUAAAGCCAUCUAAGCUGGUGGCCCUCACCACAUCCCCUGACAAAGAACUGCUUAAUCAAUUAUGCGCUGUGUGAAAAAGUACUUCCUCUUGUCAAUCCUAAAUUUCCCGACCUUCAGUUUCAUGGGAUGACCCCUGGUUCUAGUGUUGUGAGAGAGGGAGAAGAAUUUCUCUCAGUCCACCCUCUCCACUCCAUGCAUAAUUUUGUACACCUCAAUCAUGUCUCCUCUCAUUAGCCUCUUUUCCAAACUGGUCUUGCACCAGCUGCCUCAGUCUGUGCACCAGAGGUCUCGCUUGGUGAACGGCCAUCAACGGGACAUGCUCCAGUUCAGAGCCCUCCUCAAGACACACAAGAAUGUUCAGGAUUGGCUGCUCCCAUUGCAGGCAGUAAGAAGCCUCGGGAUUGGCCAGGUGAGGUCUAAUAUAAAUUUAGGAACCUGGCCUUCUGCCUUUGCUUGGUUCACUAAUCCACGGCUCCCUGACUUGAGGGACUCCAAGCUGACAACCUCAAUCCUGGUGCAGCUGCCCAUGGCCUGUGCCUGGCCCUAACAAAUUCAAGGAAUCACACCAUUGGCUUCAUUUCGUGCCUAGAUGCUUUGCUUUAUUGUAUUACAAUAUCGGAAGAUUCUUAGCUGGAUAUCCAUUGACAGCGAGGAGAGCAUCAUACCUAUGCUUGGACCAACUGUGCCCUGAUCUCAGUAUUUCUCCGUGUGUGUCACCAACACUGUAACUUCUGCGGUGGAUUCCUCAUUUUGUUUUAUGUGUCUCCAGACAUUGUGCAUAAACAGGGUUAAGUGCACUAUAAUACCACCUUUUUACUUCAAGCAUUGAUGUCCAUUUUUUCCCCUUGACAUAACUGCUGGUUACCUUAAGACUGAUCUAAAGGUGUAAUUAUCUUGUGAAUAGUUCAUUCAGAGGACAGAUCACAUAUGAUGGUGCUUCUUAGUACUGCAAGCCAAAAUCCAUUAGCCAAGACCUGUCUGCCAUUAAGAUGUCCAGUUGAACUCUUCACUAAGCCUCAAGUGUACAUAUAGUGAUGGGUCCUCCUGACCUGGACUUUGUCUACUUAUGAAAAUGCUUUGUCAAA